CUCUGCUCGGUGCAGUCUUUCGAUACAGCAACGGAUCUAUAAAAUAUAUCGUAAUCGCAGGACAUAAAUAAAAUCACCGCAAAUAUGAAUUCGCAAUCGGCGGUGCGACGGUAUCCACACAGUUUCUCCAUUGAACAAAUUCUGGCCAAACCGGAAAUGCGCACUUCUAGUACAUUUCCGGAUCCGGUGCAGGAUGAGAGUGGGCGUGGCAGUGCGUGUGAUGUUUCGCGCGUUUCGAGUCCUGCAACAUCGAGUUGCUUGGAUGACACUCUGGAUGAUGGCAAAAGUGAUAACGAUCUAGCUUCUGACGACGGCAACGCCCUUGGCGAUGAUCGCAAGAAGCGUCCAAGAACUGCCUUUUCUGCCGCCCAGAUCAAAGCUCUGGAAACCGAAUUCGAGCGGGGUAAAUACCUAUCUGUGGCCAAGAGGACGGCGCUGGCCAAGCAGCUGCAGCUCACAGAGACGCAAAUUAAAAUCUGGUUCCAAAACCGCCGCACCAAGUGGAAACGCAAAUACACCUCGGAUGUGGAAACGCUGGCCUCGCAUUACUACGCCCAGCUGGGCAUUGGGGGAUUGGCUCGUCCAAUGGUGGUUGGCGACAGGCUGUGGCUUUUUAGCCAAACGCCCACGGGUCCCACACCCAUUCAGUCCAUUAUGCUAAAUGGCAGCGGAUCGGCGGCACCUCUGGCUGCUGCUUCGGCCACUCCUUCUCCCAUGAGACCUUAUGCCACGGCUGGCGGAAUGCCUCCACUUCCGGGGCCCAGUGUCAUGGAGAGUGCUCGUAACGCUAUCCUGGCACGAGGACAACCGCUCAAUUUUGCCCUGCCCUUUGGAGUGGCCAAGCCACCGGCGGCAGGAGGUGUUCCCACCUCCGCUAGCUAUAUGCCACGCUGCAAGUCUUAUGCGGGAAGCUAUGUGGAUUAUGCGCCGCCACAUGCACAGAACGAGGCCUAUCUGCAACUGAAGUAUGCCACUCUACCGCCGGAAGCGGAAACAGGAUCCUCCAAUGGCUUGGCCGAACUGGAACGGGUCUUCGGGGAUGCCAAUGCCAACUUCCUGCAAAAUCGGAGCACUCCCGCCAGUGGUGGAGCCACAUCCUACGGCCACGAUGGAUUAAACCAGGCCCAACGCAGCCGGAGACCGACGCAAUCCGAGUCAGAGUGCAGCGACAUCGAUUGCGAGCAGCUAGACGAGGAUGAAGAGGCGCCCGCAGUAGAGUGAAACUGAAAAACUAGAGGCGUCUUGUUAUCUUUAGAGUUUAUGUUCUCACACACAAAAAUAUGCUCAUACAAAGGGUAGUCAUAGGGGGUAAUGUGUCUCGUCUGUGUAGAUUCCAUUACAACUAUCUGAGAGUGGCACACAUUUUCAGACCUGGCCGACGCGACGACAUGCUGCUGCUCAGCACUGGUCUGGUUCUAGUUAUAGUUCUAGCGCCUAGUUAUUGCUAUUCUAUGUUACAUUGUGGGUCGGGUAUGGGUUACUCUCUCAACAAUUGAUAAAUGUAAAUUAAAUAAUCACAAAUCACAAAUAUUACAUGCCCG